CGACAGUUUACGAUAAAUGUCGCGUCGCUUCCUGUUUAUUUAUGUUUUGCUGCUGCCUGAAAUGAAACCUGGGAAGAGAUUCCCCUUUAGCUCUAAUACAUUAUUUCUAGCAUUAAUAAUUCUGUAAAACAAGAUGUCGGUUGCCGCCUUGCGCCUGAUCCCGUGUCGGAGGCUGAGCUCCACAGGGCAGAGCCUGAAAAAAGUCGUCCCCUGGAAAGACUUUCGUAAAGUCGCUAAAGUAACGGGUGCCGUCGUACUGGGCGGCUGCGUUUUCAUCGCCUACGAGGUCGUCAAGCUGAACCAGGCGGUCACCAUGGACACUCGGGCCAUUCUCCAGGAGAAACAGAAGUCUUUUAUCUACCUCACCCCCAUCACCAAGGUCGAACAAGAGACCACUCUGACCUAUAGAGCCAGGACGGAGCUUCAUAAAGCAGUGAGGAAACUUAUUGAAAUUUCAUCUCGAGUCCUCAAUUAUCCCUUAGAUGAGCACAUAAGCCAUCAGGAUGCAGAUCCUAACGAGUUGGCUCUGUGGGUUCUGCUGAAGAGAACCCGCUCGUCCAGACGGUCCGAGCGCCUGCAGGCCGUACAGGACCUGGCACACAGACACUGGCAGGAUUAUCAAUACCAGACAGCGGCUCAGUCUAUAGACCAGCGCACGGCUAUAGGUCUGGCUCGGACUCCGAACGUCGACCUGCGAUUUUUCCUCCCACCCUCACUGCCUAAACUGGAGGAUGAGUAUCUAAUAGAGGAUGGUUUGAGGCAGCUCCUGGCUUCGUUGCCUCAGUCAGAGGUGGAUCAGUGUGUGCAGUAUUUUACCUCGCUGGCACUGAGAGAGAGCACUCAGUCCCUCGCCUCUCAACGGGGAGGGUUGUGGUGUUUCGGAGGAAAUGGCCUGCCUUACACUCAGAGCCUCACCUCCAUCCCCUCUGAGAAGGUGGAGUCUUUCUGCCUGCAGGCCCUCGUACAGCACUCAAAGGUCCCGAGUCAUUGUGAUCACAUCGUUGCCAACGGAGGACUGCAGCUUUUACAGAGGGUCUACCAGCUUCGACGGGAUUCACAGAAGAUUCAGCGCAACAUCUUGCACAUCAUCGGGAACUUGGCGCUGAACGAGAGCUUACACAACGACAUAGUGCAGUCAGGAUGGUUGCCAGUCCUAGCCGAGAUGGCGCAGUCUCCUCACAUCAUCCAGGCGUCCCACGCUGCACGUGCUUUAGCCAACCUGGACCGGGACACGGAGGUGCAGAAGUACCAGGAUGGUGUUUAUGUUUUACAUCCACAGUGUCGCACCAGGCAGCCCGUGAACGCAGACGUCCUGUUUGUACACGGCCUUCUGGGAGCCGCCUUCAAAACGUGGCGACAGAAAGACUGCGAUCUCACGGAUGUCGAAAAAUCUGACGGGAUACACGAGGAUUACACCGAGUGCUGGCCUAAGACGUGGUUAGCAGCCGACUGUCCCAACCUCAGAAUUCUGUCUGUGGAGUACGACACGCACCUGAGCGACUGGAAAGCCAAGUGUCCUGCUGAAAACCAGAGGAAGUCUUUAGCAUAUCGAAGCGGAGAACUGCUGAAGAAGCUGAAAGCCGCAGGAGUCGGAGAGCGGCCUGUGGUUUGGGUGGCGCACAGUAUGGGAGGCCUGCUGGUGAAAAAGAUGCUCCUAGAUGCCUCUCAGGAUCCCGACCUGAGCUCUUUGGUCAAGAACACGAAGGGCGUGUUGUUCUACAGCGUCCCUCACCGAGGCACCUUCAUGGCCGAGUACUCCGUGAACGUGCGCUUCCUCCUGUUCCCCUCCAUAGAAGUCCGAGAGCUUUGCAAAGACUCUCCGGCCCUACGAGACCUGAACGAGAAUUUCCUCAACAUGGCAAAAGACAAAGAGUUCAAGAUCCUGAGCUUUGCCGAAUCCCUGCCUACGUCAGUCGGCCCCAUGAUCAACAUAUUAGUGGUUCCUGCCGAUUCAGCAGAUCUGGGUGUCGGAGAUCUCCUAGAAGUGGGCGUGGAUCAUCUGAACAUCUGCAAACCCGAGAAGAAGGACACGUUUCUGUACAAACGGAGCCUGCAGUUUAUUCAGGACGCUCUCAGGGGACACAUAAUCGGCUGAAAGCCGGUGUUUUCAUCUACAGGAUUUGGUUUUCGGCCGCCCUCUAACGGUUAUUACUUAUAACUUAUCUAUGCUUUCUAGAACACCAGAACCUGAUGGAGGCUCACCGUACUGCUGACGUCAUGUUCAGUGCCACUACCUCAAAUGUAAUGAAUGGAUCUGUAGUUUUCUGUGUGGAUCAGUGUUAAAACGAGUUCUUAAUAAUGACAUGACGGUUAAAUCCGUGCCAAAAUUUCAUCACCAGCGCAAUCAAUAAAGUGCACCGUGUGGCUGGAAGUAUUGGGACGUCUGAUUUUUUCCAGACGUAUGUGCUUCUUCUCCAAACUGUUACCACAAAUUUGGAGGCGCACAAUUGUAUAGGAUGAACUACGAGCCCCAGACAUGUCACAUGGGUUAGAUUAGAAGAUCUCCUGCUAUAAAGAUCCUCCUCAACCCUACAUCAGUACCAGAAUUUACUAGCACCACUGUGGCUGAAUGAACCUCCACAAAUCUCCACAAGCACACACUAAAAUCUAGUGGAACAUCUUCCCAGAAGAGUGGAGCUUCUCGUAACAGCAAGGAAGGACUGAUUGUGGAAUGGGAUGUUCAAAAAGAGACACAUGCUAAUCUUCUGCUUACGUUUUCAUACAGUGUUAAUAUAGUUAGUAUAGAUUUCAUAGUCUUGAAAUGGGUGGAGUUUGGAGAACUGUAUAUUACCACCUUUGGUUUCCUGUAACAGUUCUAAAAAUAAAUACAUUUAAAUUCA